AAAAAAAAAAAAAAAAAAAAAAAAAACCGCUCCCGCCUCAUCAUCAGACACCUUGUAGACAAGAAGACAGCUCGCGCACGACUCACUUGCGAAUGUAAAAUGCAGAUGAAAACACGAGUCUGGAGCUGGCUGUUAUCUAACGUUAGUUAGGAGGGGAAAAAAAGAGCCAUGAAGAAACACCUGAGUCCUGCAAAACAGCAGCAGCAGCAGCAACCACCGGCGGAUGCCCCGGCUCCCGGCGGCGAGGUUAACGUUACCUACCAACAACUCAACGAGCUCCUGACAAACGGCAGCGGCUUCUACAGUUUACCGACACAACACUUCAACGAGGUCUUUCCCCGAAUAUACAUCGGUAACGCGUUCGUAGCCCAGAAUGCAAUGCGUCUGCAAAAACUCGGAGUGACGCACAUCCUCAACGUGGCGGAGGGCACCUCCUUCAUGCACGUCAACACCAGUGUGGACUUCUACGCCGGCACGGGCAUCACAUACCACGGUAUCCAGGCCAACGACACGGAGCAGUUCAACCUCAGUGCCUUCUUUGAGGAGGGGGCCGAUUUUAUUGACAAGGCCCUCGCACACAAUAAUAGCAAAGGGAAAGUGUACGUACACUGCAGGGAAGGCUACAGCCGCUCCCCUACCAUGGUUGUUGCUUACCUCAUGCUGCGCCACAAAAUGGAUGCCCGGCUGGCGGUGGCCACCGUGAGGCAUAAGAGAGAAAUCGGUCCCAAUGACGGCUUCCUUCGCCAACUGUGCCAACUUAACGAGAAGCUGGCAAAGGAGGGCAAGCUGAACGGGGAGGUGGGCAAACUAAAGACCAAAUGAAAGCAGGACAGACCCUCUGCCCUGUCUCCUCCCAUCAUGCCUUUCACAGGCGUUCAGCUGCUCUCGGACCCCGCCCUGACGAAACCAGCACCCAUCUGACACACCAAGGGGUAUUCUGAAACACAAACAUACAUGCAUUUAUCUGUGUAGACGAUUAUUCCUCAUGCACACACACACAAUCUCACACAUUUUCGUUUAUAAAUCUUCAGUUCACGUCUGCCACUGCUGCUCCUAAAGAGGACGUGUGUCAGUCCUCCUACAAAGAGUGUGAUCUCACAUACUUCCCCCUUUUUUAAACUCCACACAGAUGUGCAAACGUUUCGCUGCUAGCACCCGAAAGCGGUACCUUAAAGCAUUCCUUCAAUCCUCCGCAAGUUGAGAAGGUGAAAACUUUGCCCUGAUUUUUAAGAUUUUCCUUAAAUAGAAGAUUAUAGCACAAUCAUUCCAUAGUUUUCCACUGCCGGGAAUAUCAGUGAUGUCUCCGCCAGCAGGACGACUCUAUAAAUCCCACAUGAACUCUUAGAUAUUAAAAAGUCGACGGCCACACAUGAUGCAGACAAAAUGUGCUAUGUGAAUGGAUAGAGGAAAAUCCCAAAACAUUCCAUGAAAACUGAA